AUGGAGGCAGUUGAAAGUACAUCUGUGAUGAGGUUCUUAUACUUGGUAGGUUGUACACCAAAAGAGACUUUCGGCGAGAUGAAAAAAGUUUACAGUGAUGAUGCAUCAUCAUACGACAUAGUCAAGUACUGGAAUCGCCAGUUCAAAUGUGGUCAGACAUCAGUGGAAACUGCUCCCUUUCCUGGAUUACCACAUUCUGCUAUUGAUGACGAUACCAUCCAUAAAGUGGAAGUUGCCAUUUUGGAGGAUCACCGCAUAACUAUUCAAUGGGGAUGCCAUGUAUUCACCUCCACAGCAAGGCAUUUGCUUCUGUCUCUCUACCAUACUCCUAUAUCUCUGAAUACUAUACCUAGCUCAGUUGUGGGGUUGUGUCUUCUGGGUACUUGGUGA